CGGCGUCGGAGCCCGAGAAGCGGCGGGAGCCGGUGCCCGUUGUGCGGGGUCGGUCGGCGGGGAGCGCAGGUAACGCGGACCCUUGCCUUCCUCCGCCGCGCCGCGGGUCGCCUUCCCUUUCCCGCUGCCGGUGGGGCCGGCCCCCGUUCGCUUGGCCCGGAGCAGGAAGCGGCGGCGGCGGGCACGGCCUGGCCGCGCGGAGGGGCCGCUCCCCGGGGCCUGCCGCCUGUCAGCGCCGCCGCGGCGGGAGCCCGGAAAACACCUCCGCCACGGUGCCGUCUCCGGCUCGAAACGCUCGUUUUCAUGGAAUGGAGGGCAAAAAACUGAUUUCUGCAACAGACACACAGUAUUCUAGUGUGCUCCUUCAGUCUUUGAAUGAACAACGUGGCCAUGGACUUUUCUGUGAUGUUACUGUCAUCGUGGAGGACCGGAAAUUUCGAGCUCACAGAAACAUCCUUUCGGCCUCAAGCACAUAUUUUCACCAGCUUUUCUCAGUGGCUGGGCAAGUGGUUGAACUGAGCUUUGUAAGAGCAGAAAUUUUUGCAGAAAUUCUUAACUAUAUUUAUAGCUCCAAAAUAAUCAGCAUUCGAUCCGAUUUACUCGAUGAACUGAUUAAAUCAGGGCAACAGCUGGGCGUUAAAUUCAUAGCUGAUCUGGGCAUACCUCCGCCUGAAGGAAAAAACAUGCCGGGCGAGGCUAAAGAUGGUGCUUCAGAAACUUCAACUUCUAGCCCAGCUCAAAAGGAUGCUGAAACACAAGUACCUGUAAUAAGGCCAGAGAGUCAAGAGGUGACGGAUGGGAUGCCGGUUAUAACACAGUCAUUCUCCUUACAUGGCAUAGAAUAUGAGCCUGCAAAAAUUACAAUGUGUGUUUCGGAUGAUGAGGAUGAUGAUGUGAUUUUUUGCUCUGAGAUUGUUCCUCCAAAAGAAUGUACUAAAGAUACAAAUGCUGCAACACAGAACCAACCUUCCCCAAGUCCAACCGGAGCUUCUGACCAAAAAUCAUGUGGCAGUGGUAGCUCUCCCCAUUUGACAAGCACCACAGCAGCUCAAAAACUCACCUCUUCUGCCAGUCAGCUAAGCUCAAACCAGCCACAAUCAAGUGCUGAAUCACUUGUCUCUGCAACACCGCAGCAUUUGACUCCUAAUAUCAUUGUGCUAAAUAAGCCUCUACUUAACUCAGCUCUCAAUGCCAGCUCCUUGCAUCAAACACAGGUGACCCCUACAAUUAAUUUAGUGGAGGACAACCCACAGCCAUCUAAUAAUGAUUCCUUAACUGAGGAGAAAACAACUGCUGUUGAUGAUGAAGAGGUUGUUGAAGAUGAUGUGGCUAUCAUUAGCUCCUCUAGUCCUGGUUCAGUCAGCAAUAGCUCUUUGGUUCAGCAGUCUUCUGAACCCAAGGCAGCAACCACUGAAGGAUCAGGCGUACAGAAAAAACAAGUUGUUACAUGUUCACAGGAGCCAUUUUCUAAACCUGGAGAAUUUAAAAUAAAAAUCUCAGAUGUCCUUAGUGGAAACAACAAGGAAUUCAGUUCGGGUAUAGCAUCAAAGAAUGUGUCAGAAGGACAGAAAAUCAUAACGUUAGAUACAGCAACUGAAAUAGAAGGCCUGUCCACAGGCUGUAAGGUUUAUGCAAAUAUCGGUGAGGAUACAUAUGACAUAGUCAUUCCUGUAAAGGGUGAUUCUGGGGAAGGUGAAGCCAAGGUUGAUGAAACGCCUAAAACGUCUGGUGAUGAUUCUCCGAACAGGAAACGCAUGAAAGUAAAGCACGAUGACCAUUACGAGCUCAUAGUGGAUGGAAGAGUCUACUACAUCUGUAUUGUGUGCAAGAGAUCGUACGCUUGUCUGACAAGUUUACGGAGACAUUUUAACGUUCAUUCCUGGGAGAAAAAGUACCCGUGUCGAUAUUGCGACAAAGUUUUUGCUCUUGCAGAGUACCGUACGAAGCAUGAAAUUCACCACACGGGUGAGCGGAGGUACCAGUGCCUGACGUGUGGCAAGUCUUUCAUCAACUACCAGAUUACAGCCUCCCACAUAAGAUCAGUUCAUAGCCAAGACCCUUCCGGAGAUACCAAGCUUUAUCGAUUGCACCCUUGCAGGUCUCUGCAGAUCAGACAGUAUGCAUACAUUACUAAUCACUCAAGCAGUAUACCAGUGAUAAAUGAGGGUGGAAUUGUUUAUCGUGUUGGCACAGGGAAGGAUGGCACUGAAGGAGCAACAUCUAACCCUCCAGCCAAACAAAUUACCUGGGAUGACAUUUUCAUUCCGCAGGCAAAUGAAGCAAUUUUUAAGCAAAACCCACCAGAGGGAAGUACUGAAUUUGAGUUUGUAAUUCCAGAAUCUUACUGAAACGCAUUAAAUACUGGGAAAAGGAUUCAGUGCAGAAAUAUUGCAGCUAUUUUAAAUGAACUGUUACUGUAAAAUCAAAUGUUAAAGUGAAAACAAGUUAGCUUGUUCUCCCAAGUCAUCAAAUGUUAGCACUUGGAUAGAUCAUUAUUAGCUGCAAGUGAUUUUGUGGAAGCAAUUCAUCUGAAAGUUUACUUGAAUAGAGAGUAAGACAUUUCCAAGGAGCUGGCAGUGUUUUCUGGUAUGUUAAUUUUGAUCAAAACGUGGGGAUUUGUAGCUUGAAGAGGUACAAUUUCUUCUAAAGUAAUUGGGGUAUUGCCCGUACCCAUACUUACCAUCUAAACCCUUUCUUUCACGUUAGCAUUUAAAUGCUGAAUUGUGUUUAGAUGUUAGCCAAGAAAACAGUAACAUUUUACAUCAUAGUCUCUUGAAUAUGGAACCAUUUUUUAUUAAAACAAAAAAUCGCACAACUCGUAUUUAUUUCUGUGAACAAUGCGUUACUGCAGGGGUCCAAAAUAACUGAUUCAGUAGUUUGGAGCAGUGUAUUUCUGAACUAGCAUCUUAGUUCUGCUUUUAUAAGCGCUAUGAAUCAUCUGUCUUCAUGCAAAUAGUCUUGCCAACAAGAGAUACUCAGUUAGGGCUAACUUGAACAAACUAUUUAUACUUGGCAGUAUGGUGAGCAGAGUAUUCAAUGUCUGGACCAUUGUAUUUUACUCUUUUUGAAAUGGAAAAAAAAACCCACCAAACCCACAAAGCUCAACAGUGAAUAAGCUUAGAACACUUAAGGAGAUAAUUUUGCCUUUUCAAAGCUUGAGGAAUAAUGUUAGGUUUUCUUACCUCUGGAAAAGAUGCCAGUAGUUAGUUUGGAAUAAAGUGCUGUUCCUUUUUUUUUCCCCUCUUCAAGAAGGGCUUCAGACUGGUAUUUUAAAAAAAGUGAAGUUUUUCCCCAUUUAUAGGGUGUGGAAGCAUGAGACCUAAACCAACAAUCAAAAAAUACCCUCCAUCCACCAUCAUCCAAAGUAUCAUUUCUCUGCAGUUGUCUAGGUGUCAUCUAUUUUCAGUUUUGGGUUUUUCUAUCGUCCUUUUUUUUUUUUUUUUCUGCUUGCAAUUGGUACAUCUUUAGGCACUUAGAAGAUAAAUUAGAUGUCCAGCUUGAACAGGAAACAGUAGAACUGAGAAAAACAAGCAGCUGUUUACUGGAGUCAUAGUUUAGCAUUUCAGAUUUAGUGACUUGUUGAAUUUUUGUAAAUGGUAAUAUGAAAACUGCUUAAGUUCUAGAGAUGACUGAGAAAGAUUGUUGUGCAUAGUACAAGUUAGUUAUCCUCACUUUUAGUUGUUUAAAUUACAGUUAAAGCUUUUUCUUUUCUUUUUAACGUUUCCUGUAAUCAUCUUGAUCUUAACCUGCAAGGUUAAGGUUUUAGACAUAUAGUACUCUAGACAGAAAGACAUUUAAAUGGUAAAUGGUUCAAAUACAACUUGAGCUACAAAAAAAAGGUACCAGAAAUCUGCAUGAGUAAUGAAGGGAGAAGGAGGAUUUUUUUUACCUUAUGCAUGUAAUGCUCACCACUUCUGUUUUGUAGGCCAAGAACGUGAUACACCUGAUUAUUUCCAGAUCAUAUUGCAGACCCCUUUGACUGUAGUGGGGUAUGCUUUCACGUGUUCCAGGCUGGAUGUUAUCUGAGACGACUUUCAGCAGCCAGAGGUGAUCCUCACAAGACAUAAGUAUGGGUUGCGGGUGUUAGCACCGGUAGCUCUGGCUUUCGGGUUUCCUGCUACAUUGAGAGACUUCCUGAACCUCUUGACAAGAGAAAUACAAUGUUAUUUUUGUUAUUGAUGUGACACAUCUGGAGUUAAGCAUAUGUUGCAAAGUGUACAUUCAGUAAUCAUUGAGCAUAAUGGCUAUCAAUAUUUGCUGCUGAUAUAUUUAAAACCUUAAAUUAAACUGUGCCUACUAAAGGCCUCUUUUUGGAGGAAAACUGGAAAAUUAGGGCUUUUAAACUAUUUUUGCUAGAAGACUCGUGCUCGCAUGUGUCUCAGGGUCUUCAGUUUUCCUUGGAAGUGAUUUUUUAAUACCAGAAGUCCAGAGAUCAUGUAAAGCAAUUUUUAAUUUCACUUACAGUAUUUAUUGGUUUGGAAACAUGUUAAAUCCAUUCUUUUAAAACUUUUUUAUGGGGCCAUGAGCUUUUAUAUUUAGAUUUCUAGCUAUUUCACUUACAUUUGUUUUUUUAUUUGUUUUUGUAAACACUUAGCUUCCAGUUUAACUUAAUGAAAAAUCUUAUGUAAAUAUUAAGAAAUUGGCUUUGGGCUAAUGGAAGAAAAAGAUUAAAUCUGAAAAAGCAUUUAUAUAAAAAUUAAAAAUUUCAACAGAGUAUGGUAGCAAACCUCACAGUCAUUUAUAUGCAUAUAAGAACAUUAAUGAAUCUGCUGCAAAAUAUUAUAAUGGUGGCUGUCCUCAUUGUAUGGUUUCUUUGGGGAUUUGUACCAUAGCAUUCCAGUGUAUGAAUUAAACAAAUUCUGAGUUAACAAUUGACUGCUUAUUUAUUUUGUACUGUUAAGGCAUGCAGCUUAUAAAAAGAUGCAGAAGCUGAUGACUAUAUACAUUGAACACUGGUUCUACAGCUAUUGCCUAAAACUGUUCCAUGUGAAACAUUUGUCAUUUUCGCAAGAUCUGUAAUGUAUAUAGUUGUACAGUCUUUCCUUAACAUACUUUUAAAAGUUGUGUUCUACUUUUCAUUAAUCAAUACUUGAUAUUAGUUCUUAGAGCUUUCUAUGGCAAAAAAUAAUAAAAAAAAAUAACUCUAAA